CCCGCUGCCCUCAAUCCCGGCGAGGCUGGGGCUCCGACUCGUCGUCCCCUUCCUCGCUCCCUUGUCCGGCGCCACAUGCCAUCCCCUCCGGGUCCCAGACUCCCCCAGUCCCCGACUUAGGCCCGCUCACCAAUCCCGGGGUGCUGGAGCCAGGGCCGAGGCGUAGGGCGCCCGCAGACCGCCCCUGGAAGGGCUCUUGCGGGCUGAGCGCCCCAGAGCUGGGCGCGCGGGCACAGCAAGAAGCGGGUCCGCGUGGGAGCGGGGGGCAUCAGCCACCCGGGAGGUCGGGGCAGAAUAGCCGGGGCAGCUAAGGCAGUCACCCCAGGGGGUGAGCGACUUUGGGGGAGUUGGUGCCCCGCCCCCCAGGCCUUGGCGGGGUCAUGGGGGCCCCCCAUUCUAGGCCGGGGGGCGUGCGAGUCGGGGCCCUGCUGCUGCUCGGUUUUUGGGGGCUGGUGUCUGGGCUCAGCCUGGAGCCUGUCUACUGGAAUUCGGCGAAUAAGAGGUUCCAGGCAGAGGGUGGUUAUGUGCUCUACCCUCAGAUUGGGGACCGGCUAGACCUGCUCUGCCCCCGGGCCCGGCCUCCUGGCCCCCACUCCUCUCCUAAUUACGAGUUCUACAAGCUGUAUCUGGUAGGGGGUGCCCAGGGCCGACGCUGUGAGGCACCCCCUGCCCCCAACCUCCUUCUCACUUGUGACCGGCCAGACCUGGAUCUCCGCUUCACCAUCAAGUUCCAGGAGUAUAGCCCUAACCUCUGGGGCCAUGAGUUCCGCUCACACCACGAUUACUACAUAAUUGCUACAUCGGAUGGGACCCGGGAAGGCCUGGAGAGCUUACAGGGGGGUGUGUGCCUUACCAGAGGCAUGAAGGUGCUUCUCCGAGUGGGACAAAGUCCCCGAGGAGGGGCUGCCCCACGAAAGCCUGUGUCUGAAAUGCCCAUGGAAAGAGACCGAGGGGCAGCUCACAACCUAGAGCCUGGGAAGGAGAACGUGCCAGGUGACCCCACCAGCAAUGCAACCUCCCGGGGUGCUGAAGGCCCCCUGCCCCCUCCCAGCAUGCCCGCAGUGGCUGGGGCAGCAGGGGGGCUGGCGCUGCUCUUGCUGGGCGUGGCAGGGGCUGGGGGUGCCAUGUGUUGGCGGAGACGGCGGGCCAAGCCUUCGGAGAGUCGCCACCCUGGUCCUGGCUCCUUUGGGAGGGGGGGGUCUCUGGGCCUGGGGGGUGGAGGUGGGAUGGGACCUAGGGAGGCUGAGCCUGGGGAACUAGGGAUAGCUCUGCGGGGUGGUGGGGCUGCAGAACCCCCCUUUUGUCCCCACUAUGAGAAGGUGAGUGGUGACUAUGGGCAUCCUGUGUACAUCGUGCAGGAUGGGCCCCCACAAAGCCCUCCAAACAUCUACUACAAGGUAUGAGGGCUCCUCCCACCUGGCUGUCCUGGGUCCAGCCCUUCUUGGGGUGCUCCUCCAGUGCAAUUCAUGGUUGGAGGGACACCUUUCGCAUCUCCUUGGCCCCCUUUGCCCCACCGGCUCCUUUGCUCCUCGUGGCUGUUGCCCUCCUCUCCACUUGUAGGAUUCCUUACGGCUUCCACUGAACCACCUCCUGCCCUGUGGCUGGCCAUGUGUGCCCUGUCUCUGUCUCUGUUUCUGGGUCCUAUUCCCUUGGGGAGGGGGCAAAGUCUCAGCCUCCUCUUCUGAUCAUGACCCAGGAAUCGUUGCACCCCUUACCCACAGAGAGCUAGGGGUGGGAACAGUCUGUCUUUUGGUUGGCACCUCUUUCUUUCUGCUUCUCACUACUUUUUUCUUCUCUUCUCUUCUCUUCUCUUCUCUUCUCUUCUCUUCUCUUCUCUUCUCUUCUCUUCUCUUCUCUUCUCUUCUCUUCUCUCUCAUUCUUUUGCUCUCUCUUCUGUCUCUAGGUCUGUUCUUCUUCCCUAGCAUCCUCCUCCCUACAUCUCCUUUUACCCUUGGUCUUCUUAUCCUGUGCCUCUCCCAUCUCCUGGGUGAGGGCAUCAAAGCUUUUCUUCCCUGAGCUCCCUCUUCUGACCUCUUACCAACCACUCCCCUCAGUCUGCCAAAAAUGGGGGCCUUAUGGGGAAGGCUCUGGCACUGCACCCCAGCUCAGGGCAUGGGCAGCAGGGCCUCCUUCUCUGCCCUGCCCUAGGCCUCUACAUACUUACUCCAGCCAUUUGGGGUGGUUGGGUCACAACAGCUACCAUGAGAAGAAGUGUCCUGUUUUGUCCAGUGGCCAAUAGCAAGAUAUGAACCGGUCGGGACACAUAUGGACUUGAUCUGAUGCUGAAUGGGCCACUUGGGACAGGAAGUGACUUGCUCCAGACAAGAAGUGACCAGGCCUGGACAGAAGUGGCCUGGAAAGUGGCAGAAGCAGAGCAGCAGGAACUGGAAGUGCCUUCAUCCAGGACAGGAAGUAGCACUUCUGAAAUAGGAAGUGGUCUGGCUGGAACUUGAAGUGGCUUAGUCUGGGGGGCGGGGGGUGGGGGGAGAGGUGGAUGGUUCUUACUCUGUGGAGAAGGUGGACAGGAAGAGCUUCCUGUUUCAGGAGGAAGCAGGAACUUACUGACUGUAAGAAGAUAGGGUGAACUGAGGAGGAUUUUCCUAGUAUUAAGUGGCACUUCCCAGGAUCUCCUUUCCCUUGUUCUCUGUGCUGCUUUUAAGACAGCUAAGGUGACUGCCAUCUGCUGUGGCAAGCCCAAUUUGUCUUGUUCUUCUUCCCUUUCCAUAUCCCAGUAUAAUCUCUGUUACUCAACAGGACUACCCUAAGAACCCAUGUGUUGUCCACCAGUAACCCAGAUGCUUGUCUUGUUCAUCACAUCCUCCAUUUCCUAAUCUCUUCAAAUUCAACACAGCUCCCUUCUUAGUGACCAAAAUGGUGGCCUAAUGACUGCUGUAGCUGAUAGUGGCACUUACUAACCGCCACUGUUUCCAUCGUGACCAAUUUAUACCUCUUCCUGCCCUCUGGUACACAACUGGGUAUUGCCUCAGUUUCCUCCCAGCUCAGUUUCAUUCGAUCAGAGCUGCCGUUGGGCACCAAGUCAGCCACCUUAAUCACCAGCCAACAUGGUUGCUUUGUCCACCAGAGGUCAAGUCAUCUCUCUGGUGUAGUUCCCAGCUCCUUCCUGAUUUUUCUAAUUGUUUCAUCCAGGGAACAGGAAGUUGAUAUUGCUAUGGGGGAGUUGGCGGGAUAUGGCCGUCACCUCAAUAGUUUUACUGUAAAAGGGAAAUUUGAACAACAAAAAACCAAAAAAAGAAUAAAAAACUUCAAAAGUU